CACUCAUUCCAAUAAAAGAUAGAAAUAGAUUUUUGAUUGGCUCAUCGUGAGGUCACUUUUAAGGGUCCAUUCGCCGAAAAGAGAUUGUUGUCAUUGUUAGUCAAACCGAUGUCAGAUUUGGAGACUUAUGGCCAAGUGGAAACAUGGAAAAAUAGUUGCUGGAACAUGUGCAGUGACAGGAUUUGUUGGGUUUAUAGCAGUUACUACCUAUCUUAUAUUUGACAUUGGAAGGAAGUUGCGUGUAACAACAGAAGUGUUUGAAACCGAGAAGAAGAAAAAGCCAUAUAUCAAGUUAGAAGCAAAAGAUGCAAAUGGGACAGAUGAUGACAAAAAACCCUUCAGCUUAAAAGAUAUUGAAAGCAAACUUGGUGAUUUGUUUUUAUGGCGAGACAUAAUUAGCAAUAACCCAUACCAUCUCUUAAAACUUACCAAGUCAAACGACCAAAGCAAGCGGCUGUUGGCUGUUAGGACUCUAGCCAAGCACCACCAUUUGCCAGACUAUGAGUGCAAUGAUAUAGCUCAGUUUGCUGAUGCCAGAACCUCUAUAGGCUUAGCCAGGGCACAUAAUGUAGACCUGAGGUUCUUCUUGGGCCCACCAUGGAUGGUUGUCUCUGGGACAAGGUCAUAUGAAGUUUUAAUGAAGCUUCUGGAAUCUUUGCCAAAAAAUGGAAUAGAUAUGUGUACACAGUAUAUAACAGAUGAAGCAAUAAAGAAGGGUAUCUACAGAAAUGAAAAUGUGGAUGCUGAUGAUGUGGAAGGUCCUUGGUCAUUUGGUGGAGGAAACCUGAGCUAUAUUAGACUCCCAACUGUGCAAGAAUUGGAAACAUUCUUUCUUCAAGCUUUAGUUAAUCAUACUAUGAUACCAAGCCAUUGUAGGGACAUAGUGCAACACAAUGGACUGGAACUGUUUAUGAAAAUAAGUUAUGAUGAAGACAGUAACCUUUCUAUCCAAAGAACCAUUGCAAGGAUGAUUGGUAACAUUGCCUUACAUGAUGAUCUGCAUCCAUACCUAGUUAAAGGAGGUUGGAUCAGAAGACUCGUUCAGUGGCGGAAGACUGAUGACUUGGAACUGUCAAGUCAUGCAGCCAGAGCACUAGCAAAUAUGGACAGAGACUUUGGUUGGCAGAAAUACGAAGAUGGGAUUUAUCUUUUGUACCCGCAGGACAGGCUGAGUGAUCCAGUGCUUGCAGAUGUUGUUUUUGUACAUGGUUUGCUUGGAGGAGCUUUCAAAACAUGGAGACAGGCUGAUAAAGCCAAAACCACCCAGCAGGAAGAGGUGGAUAAAGCCAGAACCACUCAACAAGAAGAGGCUAAUUUAACUGUAAAGCCACAUAAUUUGUACAGUAAUGCAUGGCCAAAGGAUUGGCUGACAGAAGAUUUUCCAAACAUUCGUAUUGUUGCUGUAGAUUUUGACACCAUGCUGUCAGAGUGGAGGGCAGAAUGCCCCUUUGAAACAGAAAAGAGGUCACUGCAGGCAAGGAGUAUGGAUUUGUACCAAAAGUUGGAGAAGGCUGGUAUUGGUAGUAGGCCAGUUGUAUUUGUUGGACAUUCAAUGGGAGGUCUUUUAAUCAAACAGAUGCAAGUGUUUGCUAGAGAACAUCCCAGUAUGAGCAAGCUCUUAAAGAAUACAAAGGGAGUGAUAUUUUACAGCACGCCUCACUUUGGUGCCUCCUUGGCUGCCACAUCCACACAAUGGAGGUAUAUUCUGCAGCCAUCAGUUGAAGUUCAAGAAUUGAAGUUAGGCUCAGAGAAAUUAAAUGCCCUCAAUGAGGAUUUUAAGCAAGUUGCAGAGAAUCACAAAAUUUUGUGUCGGAGCUUUGGAGAAACCCAAGAAACAGAAUUGCUGAAAAGCCCUAAAUUGGGAACAUACACAUCUGUUGUAGUUCCAGAAACUUCAAGUAAUCCUGGAUUUGGAGAGUAUUACAAAAUUGACACGGAUCAUCUGAAUAUCUGCAAACCUUUGGACAAAGAAUCUCAAUUAUAUCAGCUGACUGUAGACUUUAUCAAACAGUGCAUUCCUGAAUACAUGGUAGAAAACAUCGUGCAAGCAACCAUGGUAUACGAUGAAUACAUUUUUCCAGACUUUAGUUAAGGUUCCAUCUCGGUGCUAUGUUCUCUUCUUACCUGGCUGACUACCAAGAACAAUAUGUAUGGUCUUGCUAACUUUAAUUUUUCUUUUGUUUAUAGCAUUUUAUGUUAGGUGUUUCAAUGAUAUGCCCCAAUUCCCUUUUAUACAGGGUUACACUUAUUCCUGUUGAAGAGAAAAGUAAAAACAGUUAAUUGUGCCAAAGAGGACCAAGUGACAUCCAGUUACAGAUCUUUUCAAACUUUCCAUAGGUGUCAUAUGAAUGGAAAUACAUCCUUAUCAAAAUGUUUUAAAGACUGUAUUGGUCACGUUAUUUUUUUUAUCU